AAACCUGUUUCCUGCAAAUCUCGUUGCUGCAGCUUUCCAAACGUAUGCGACAGACUAUAAGAUACUGGUCAGAAACACUACCUCUGGAAAUGUCACGUUGGAAGAGAUCCCUGUUGGCACUGAGAUUGAAGGGAUGAAUAUCCUGGGACUGGUGCUGUUUGCUCUGGUUCUAGGAGUGGCACUGAAAAAGCUUGGCCACGAAGGGGAAGAUCUGAUUCGCUUCUUUAACUCAUUCAAUGAGGCAACUAUGGUCCUGGUUUCCUGGAUUAUGUGGUAUGUACCUAUUGGCAUUAUGUUCCUUAUUGGGAGCAAGAUUGUGGAAAUGGAAGAUAUUGUGCUUCUGGUGACCAGUCUGGGAAAAUACAUCUUCGCCUCUAUUCUGGGCCACUUCAUCCAUGGAGGAAUCAUUCUGCCACUUAUUUAUUUUCUAUCAACACGCCAAAAUCCUUAUCGCUUUCUCUUAGGACUUAUCACACCACUUACCACUGCUUUUGCCACUUCCUCCAGCUCGGCCACUCUCCCAUCGAUGAUCAAAUGUAUUGAGGAAAACAAUGGAGUCGACAAGAGGAUCAGCAGGUUUAUCCUUCCUAUUGGGGCGACUGUGAACAUGGAUGGAGCUGCUAUUUUUCAGUGCAUGGCAGCUGUGUUUAUUGCUCAGCUGAACAAUGUUGACCUCAAUGCUGGGCAGAUCUUCACUAUUCUCGUGACUGCCACUGCAUCUAGCGUGGGUGCAGCAGGUAUCCCAGCUGGAGGAGUCCUCACCAUCGCUAUCAUCCUGGAGGCUAUUGGACUUCCAACCAAUGAUCUCUCCUUGAUAUUAGCAGUGGACUGGAUUGUGGACCGAACGACCACAGUUGUGAAUGUGGAAGGGGAUGCCCUAGGAGCAGGUAUCCUUCAUUAUCUGAACGAAAAAGCAAAGAAAGACAAAGAACAGGAGUUAAAGGAAGUCAGCGUAGAAGCAGUUCCCAACAGCAAGUCUGAAGGGGAAACAUCGCCUUUGGUAACUCACAAAAACCAAGUCUCCAACACAACCAGCACAGCAGACCCCGAAUCCAAGGAAUCAGUAUUGUGAACUAGAGGCGGUUCAUCAGCACGUGUCCUAGAGGUGGACCGGUGACUUGUUAACACGCCUAGACAUUUGCAGUGCUAACAAGGGCUGGACGGCUCGUAAAAGUUUUCUGUUACAGUCUGUUUUGAAACACACUGGUUUGGGGAGGGGGAGGGAUGCAGGUUGGGGGGAGAAAGGAUGGUGAGAAAAAACACUUGCUUUAUAAUAAUAUUUUGAUAGUUCAUAUGUGUACAUGUAUAUAUGUGUUGCACAUACACACACAUAUACAUGUAUGUGAAAACAACGCCAUUGAGACUUCGGGUUUAACAAGAGAUCUGUUACUAAAGGCCCAUAUAUGGGUAGGAGAUGGGGAAGUAGACUAACCCAGUAAAUGCUGGUUGUAGGAGAAAAUUAGUAGGUUUACUGUGCUGCUGUUCAGGUGGAGAUACGGUCUAGAGACUCCAAAGCGGGUGAGAAUGUUGUUCAGAUUUAGUUUCUUGCCUGGAAACACUUGCUGACAACUGCAGAAACAAUAUGAAGCAACAUUUUUCUCCCAUUUCCCUUCCUCUCCUCUUCUCCUGUCCCAUAAAAACAGCAAAAAGAAGCUGAAAACUAGUUUUUGUUUUGUUUUUUUAGUUUCAUGUUUGAAUUAGUAGCUUAUGGGGGUCUGAUCCUUGUUCCGUUCCUCCAGUGCAUUGCAGCUCAUAGUGGCUUUCCUGCCUUUUGGUGAGUAACUCCCAAAUUUUAGGACCAGACAAAGAAGAUCUCAGUGGAGAUCAAAGACCAUUUUCUCCUUCACUCUAACCAAGCAAUUGAGCAAAAAUCCAGAGGAAACACAAAUUUUGUUAAGAUAAUCCCUCUUGGGCCAAAAAGAAAUGUGGAGUCUGUUCCAGCUCAGAUCUAUGUGAAUGAGACUUGCCUGUGACAACAUCAAGAAACUAAGUCAGUUCCCUUCAUGAAAACACACAUGCUCCUUUGCUAGCACACCUUGUCCUGUUCAUGUUUGUUUAAUGGGUCAGUCCAGACAAAUUAAGUCAUAUCCCUUUUCGCAGCAAACUUGAACAGGGGAGGGAAAAAUCUGAAGGCACAACAUGUGGGAACUGACAACAGGCAAGUCUGCUUGUUGGCUCAAAAGGGGAAGAAAGGUGAGUUUCUAAUCCCGUGUAAUUCAGUGAUCUCUGGGUAUACCUGUUCCUGUUAGGAGCUUGGUCCUCUUUUAAGUGUCUUCUGGCAGUAGCUCACAUUUAAUAAUUCUGGGUGGUGCUGGGCCAGCGUAGUGCUUAGUGGCAGAUGGUGACCUUUGCUUGAGGCUGAGCCAAACGCUUCUGGAUUCUGACUCUACCCUUUUUUCCUUUAUCACAUACAUCCUGAAUUUGCACCCCAAAUCUGAUCAAAGUCCAGCAAACAAACUGCAAAGCUCCUGUUGAUUUCUCUUGGCUUUUUGGACAGCAAAUAGUUACAAAAUGAAUGCUGUGCAAGGGGAAAGGUUUGCCUGGACUUGCGACUCUUUUCCUUGGCUAGUUCAGUAAGAUGAGUGUAUAUGGUCAGUCUCCACAGUGUUAACUCAGCCAUAUAUAUUUACACUUAGCUUUGAUAAAAAGCAAUGACAAGUCUCUCCUUUUCUUUAUCCUCUCUUGCAUCAGAGGAAACUGUCUAGAGGAAAGAUGUCUAGUUGCUGAUGCUUCUGUUCAUGGCACUAGGAAGAGGCAGUUCCAAUUUUAAUAGCAGCAGCAGCCUUCAUUUGCAAAGCGUCCUUACUGAUAAAGGAACACAAGUAUCUUGAAAAAGACGUUCGGAAUGAGAUGUAGCCACCUUUGAGGGAAAACAGAGUAAGUGUGUCAUUACUGGCUGUUUAAUUGUGUGCAGCAGGGUUACACAAACAAUCAAGGUAGGAAAGGAUUAGUCAGCCCACUGUAAAACUGCAGGUGGAGUUUCUUUUUAACCAGUUUAUUUAUGUCCACAUCCACAAAAUUUGGACAUUCCUUGGCUCAUCUUAAAAAUCUAAGGAGACACACACAGUUCUUUAAGGACGUUCUUUGCCCGGUAUUUAUUAUUUCAUUUUCCAGCCGAUUAAGACCCACUGCAACUUUGCAUUUCCUCCCAUUAGAAGCCUCUCAGCUCCUCUAAGUCAGGAAACCAGAAGCGCACUUUGUAGCUGGUCAUAGAAGUCAACAAAUAAGAGGUGUUUUGAAAAACUUUGGUAUUUGAAGAAAUGGGUCUCAACAGAACCUUUUUGGUUUUUUUAACAAGCAUAAAUAUUUAAUGAAUGCCUCAAGGGAGCUGCAAAUCACUACUGUUGUCUGUAGGCUGAGUUCUGUAGUUGCGUUUUUUCUCCCACCCGGCAUUUAGCCCUCCAUUCUCUGAUGCUCUCCCCCAAACCAGCUCAUGAGAGCAGGCAGUGAGAGCACCAAAACAGCAUUUCCCAUGAAGAAUCACAGCAGCGUUUCAGAGUAGAGCAUUUCCUGGUUUUGCUUUUUCACCCCAAAGUUGACACUGCUCACAGGUGAAAGUAUUCAUCCCCACACCUGGGGUUCCUCGCAGACAGCAUUGCCCUGUUGAUUUUUCUUCCCUGUGGUACUCCAGGCUGGUUGUGCCUCUUCCCUGUAGCAGCGUGGGGUAGGCUAUGAGGCAUUCUUCCUUAGAGCAGACUCCAGGGAAUUGUAAAGUGAAACCGAUACCUCUGAAUCUUUUUAGUAAUUUCCAGUAGCAAUGCAAAAGCACAGGUCUCUGCUGAAAAAUACCUCCCCCAAUUCCCACUAGUGGGUUGCCAUGUUUUGCAUCAUUGUGAAUGUCAAGGUAAUUUUAAGAUGGAGUCCCGUGUCAAGCUUGUUCCAGUGGUCAGAUUCAAAGAGGUCAAAUCAUUACUGUAGGUGGAAUUUAACCACGGAAAUCUAACACUCCUUCUCCUGGCAACAGGUGCGAUAGGGCUUUUAUGGAUCAUGAGUAUUCAGGACCAGUCUUCUUAACUUACUAGAAAUCUGUAAUUUUACAGUACCUCUAUUUUAGGCUUAUAAUGGUGCCAGUUGUUUUGGUGUUUGCACAAAGCAAGAGGUACCCAGAGGUUCCACAGAAGCAGGGUAAUUACUGCUUGUCAGAAUAUCUUCUUUUGUCUUUUCUGUAUCAUCUCUGUCACAAGUUAUAUGGCCAUGCCACAUCUUCUCCAUCUCCAUGGGCUUUCCAUCCUGCUUCUGCUUUUUUUUUUAAGUACAAAUGUAAAAGAUCAAAUAUUACACUCUCAUGGACUGUAACAAUGUUGGUACGUUCUAACAGGUGCCCUUGUAGCAAUGUGAAUCCUCACUGAAAGCCCAGUGAAACUUGUAGAAAACUUGCCAUUUGCUUCAAGUGGUCAAGAUCUUCAGGUAAGGUUGUUGAGUGAAAAAUGAAAGGGCUGUUGAAGGAUGUGCAUUUUUCUCAUUCUGUGCUGUUCAGAUGCAGUCCUUGACCUGGAGUGCAAUGUGUUACACUGAGAACUUCCUAUUUCAGAUCCCCAUGCAGCCUCUUGCCAAGAGACUGAGAGCUGACUAAGAAGGUACUCAGCAGCAGUGCAGGUGCAGCCAGUGGUACCUGCUCUGCCCUUAUCCAGGCUCUCCAUGAAUCUGGUGCCCCAUGGUAGUUAAUGCAAUGUCUCUCUGACUGGAUGAAUGUUUGAGGCCUCCCAGCUUGACUGUAGAAUGGAAACCUCUUCCGUCAAUUGCUUUUUCUUUCAGAAGGAAAUAAAUUCCAUCUAGGAAAUAUCUUUCUUCUUUUUGAUUUUAGUCUUUCCUCUGGAAGGGGCAAAUCCUUUUUGUCCCCCCUGGGGUUCUCCCUACAGUAUCCACAUGCCCUGGGGACACUGGGCUGCCGUUGCCUUUCCUGCCCCAGCUUCCUUUCAUUUCCUUUUUAGGUUUCCUAUAAGUUUGUAUCUUGGGUCCAAGGGUGAAUUCCUACUGAUUCUUUCCAUUUUUAAGGGCUGUUUCUCACAUGCAUUCUCUGAUGUAAGGUAACGUGGGGGAGCUCCAGUCACAUCCUUUCAUUGCAAGAGGAGUGGGGUAUUGGUGGCAUCUCCUUCCCCUGUGCAGGCUUUGGCUUGUAUGAAAUGUAUCAUAUGCUGCCAUCGUGGAGGUCUCUGUGCUGCACAGGUGAAAAGGGACUGAAAAAGAACAGUGGAUUCUAGUGUUACUAAGUCAGAAGAGGAGGGAGGAUACACACCCAGAGCAAUGCUGUGGUCACAGAAACCUCCUCUCCUUAGGAAAGCAGGCUGCAAACUGCUCAUGCCCUAUCUUCUAGUACUAUGAUUGGUUUGGGGAAGAUAUGGGAAUACAGAAGAGAAGGUAAGAUCAGUCCUUGGCAUGCUCCAUCCCAUUUUGUCUGCAGCACUGUUUUUUCUUCUUUCUUCUGCCCUUUUCUUUUCCGAGGAACUUUCUUGGACUAUUUUAGACCAUUUUUUAUUUCCUCUUCUCCAGGACUGACUUUCCCCUCCAUGCUUUAUCCAUCACUGCCUCAUUUCAUCCCACUUCCUGAAAUGCCCAAAGAUGUUUUUAUUUGUCAGUGGCUCAGGCUUAAGCGGGAGGGUGGAUGCUGAGGGUCGAGGGUCCCAGCUGGUCCUGGGGAAUGUAGUUGUCCAGUGAUGUGUGUGCAUUCUGCCUUGCUCCUGCUCUAGCUCACCGAGGGUUUGCGAAGCUUAGUAAGUUAAUGAGUUGCUCUGAGGGUGCUAAGCAGCAUUUCUGUGGUCCUGAGAAAGGGGCUUGUUCUGUGCUGUGAGAGGUGGCUAGGAAGCCCUGACAAGCUGUAGUGAGCAAUGGAGGGUGCCAACACUUGACUGCUAUUAGGGUCUUUUGAAUAAAGACACAUUAUUCCCAGGAAUUGAGCUUCAGCUGAGUCUCAGCUGGCAGGCUGGUAAUUGCACUGCAAGAUUCAGUAAUUGCAAAGGACUCUAAAACCCUCUUGGGAUGUCUCUUGCAGUCAGAACCGCUUUUGUCUUGAGAACAAACGAAGGCCAAAUGUAAGACAGGGCUCUUCCUGCAGUGAUGUGCCAAACAGCAUUAGGUGCAUUGUGGGUCCUUUACACAUGCAUAAUGGAAACGUGGAGCCAGCCAAAGUACCAAAUCAGCUGGUAAAACCUCUGCUUUCCCUUUCUGCUGAACAGUCCUGAUGCUGCCUGUACAGACAGCGCUCUGAGUUGGGAGGGCAGGAGACUAGGAGAAGCGUGCGUGGGGUAAGAAGGUUUCAUAACGUGCUUACUCUGUCCUUAUACUUUUCCCUGAGCAUCUGCUGUGGCCGCUGCCAGAGGUGGACAUGAUCCAGUAAGACCAUUCUUAUAUUCCUUCUCUCAUGCAUUUCAGCAUAUUUUACAGCAAGAGAAAUUAAAACUGAGGCUUUCAAGCCACUGUUGAAGGGAAAGCUUCCUCUUUCAAGUUCCUGAGCCAGUCAGAGGUCCUGGUAUCUUUGUGGCUGACCACCCCAUGUACGUUGUAGGCUGUGUCCUCGAGGGCUUGCCUAAACAGCUUCUUUCGGCAAAGAUCAGUAGUGUUGGUGAACAGUGCUGCUUUGGGGCUCUGCAGAAGUGUGGGCUGAAUCUUCACUCCUGAUCCGCUGCUAGCACAGCACCUUCCUGCAGCCCUCUAGAAAACAGCCUCCUGCUGGAAUCCAUCUUUUUUUCCCCUGAGCCUCCCACAAGGAGGGAGCAAUGGGCCUCAGGUAGGGACCAAAGGACAAACUCUUGCCAGCAGAAAAAUGUCACAUCUUCACGGAUCAUAACUGGGGGCCAUGGCAGUUCACAGUCACCUGCAGACCUGCCUGAUGAGCAGCACAGAAUUAGGCAGGUCACAUAAAUCCUGUGCUUGUAAAUGGAGGUUAUAGAUACUUACCUGUCUCUCACAGGCAAUAAUGUGGAGGACAGUGAAUCAACAGUGUUUUUAAUGCCCUCUUAAGACACACAGCACUAAAUCUUAAAACGAUAACAAAAAUCUGAAAGCAAACGAAUAAUGAAAAUAUAUGUCAUGAAGGCAGAGUUGCAUUGUGCGAGGGUGCGAAUGAUUCAUUGUGUGACAGAAAGGAGGAGAGUGCUGUUCAAAUGUACAUAUUUGCUGGACUCGCUCGGGGAAGAGUGGAAGCUGGUGUCAGAAUGGGCUGCAUUUCGAAAAGGGGAUAUGAUUUGGUCAAGUGGAGGAGCACAGUGCCCUGUUAUAUCUGCGUGACACAUCUGCCUGAUAUAUGUGAAGGAAGAGCUGGAAGUUAAGGUUGCAGAGGGAGCAACAGAGAGGACAGGGUAGGUGAGUGGAUAAGAGAGUAAAUUAAAUAAAUGGAAAAGAGAAUAAGUUAACACACUGAAGGAAGCAUCUUUUCCUUGGCAUUUUCUUGUGGGUAACGUCAAAAAGACUGCGUUUGCCUAGCAUAUAGCAGCAAUCAUGCAAAUCCCUGCCGGCGGACACUGGGCAGGGUUUGCAGGGAGAGGCGCAGACUGGGCGCUGUUUGCGAAGCACACUGUCACUGAGUGACAGCUAAGCACCCAGCAUGCCCGUGUGGGGCUCUCAUAAGCUGCGCCUGGCUGCUCGCCAUAACCACAGGGAAAAAACAGUACAGUUCUGCAUCAGGCAUUGACCCACAUUCAUCCGUGCAGAAUAGCUGGGACAAAUGCUCCUCAGCAAAACGCAUGGUAGCUAUUAUUCUCCGAGGACAAAAAAGACUUUGUUAACAAUCUAUGCAAGCAUAUUCAUGAAAGCCAUGUUCACUUGCUGCUUCAGUUUCAGGGAGGAGAGAAAGGAGUAAGGCAAAUGAUCUUAGUCUUUUUCUAACAUUGGGCAACACAUUGAGACAGCUGCCCCUGGAUAUUUUAAGUCUGAUGAAAACUGAUCAAGAGCCUUAUUUGGUUUCCAUAGCUCUCUGUCUUCACAUCUGAUCACCGGCUUGGGCAGUUAAUGUUCGUACAGUAUUCAUUCUCCCCUUGGGGUCUUUAUAGACGUUUGUGACCAGCAGGCACCAUUUCACAGAUGCAGAAGUGAAUGCAUACAGAGAAGGGUAAAAGGAUGCUUUCUUAAGUGACGUGAGGUCACCAAAAAAGGCUAGGGUGUACCUCACGAGUCCUGAAACCAAGGCCGUCGUUAGCUAAUGCUACCCCCCUAUAAAAUUAAUGUAUGAGUUUAUAGAAAAUAUACUUGAGUAUUGAUACCAUACCCUUGAUAGUAUAUUAGGGCAGGAAGUAUUUUACUGCUUAGGAAUGAGACGGGCUGAUCACUCCAUUUUCGGGGGGGGGAAGGGUGGAAGAGAAGUGUAGAAGUAGGAGAGUUAUCUCCCCUCUAGAAUGGAUUUUUUUUUUUAAUAGAAAAGCAAAAAAAGAAAAUAUCUUUUUCAUUCAACCACUGUAUGGUUACUUACCAAGGGCCCUGAUUCUGUCUCGGUGUCAGCAGAGCCUCAAUAGCAAUGAAAUCUCAUUUGGGUUUAACCACCAACCUCAGUGGCAGCAGGAGCUGAUGGUUCUGAACAUGUUAGCAGGCCAACUCUGUAUGUCCUGCUCAAGAAACAUUCAUACUUGUCUUGCCCAGGGCUGCAAGUUCCUAAAAGGCCAGAGAUGCUGGCUGCAAGGCAGGCAGGGCUAUUGAUGGGAACCAGAGUGAGGAAAGGAGUUUUUAGUCAACCUUGCAGUAGUGCAAAGCUAACAAUGUGGCUUUAAGCUUACAGAGACCAGGAAACUCGGUGUUAGAUAAUUCUCAGGAUAGGUUUCGCUUGUUCCUCCUGAUAACAACGCCCAGCAAAGUAACAUGCUUCUUUGCAAGCAUAUAUUUAGUAACUGAAGUUAAACUGCGUAUGGCAUGUAAGUACAACUUAAGUUAGCUGCUGUUACACAUUACAGAAAAAGAUUACCAAGGGAAAUCUCUGAUGGCUUUUUGCAAGGAAAUUGUUUGCACAUGCCUGAACCCCCCCUGGAAUACAUUCCCACUGAAAGACGUGUGCUUAACCAUAAAAAUAGCCCAAAUAUUAACUGGUAUGCGUUGUAGCGUUUUAAGAACCAGAAGGAAUGGCACAAAAUGGAUGGGCCAGGGCCUUCACUGAUUUGAAGUAAUGUAACUCCAAGAGCUUUCAGUGGCCUAUGGACUUCUGAUAGAGAUAAUACCUCCCUGGCAGCAUGGGGUUUUGAUCUGGUCCUUUUUUAAGAAGCUAACGUUCCUGAAAAUGCCCAGCAGUGCAGCAGUAAAAGAAUGUUUUUAAAGCUUGUUGGCUAUAACCAGAGGCAUUUUAUCUGCUCUCAGUAUUCUUGGGAAUUGGUGUUUGCUCUGGCUCCCACAAGAAAACCGUGCUCUUGAGGAGGUCAGGUUUGAUGCAGAAGAAAGGCUUCCUGAUUUCUGGAUGGACUUUCCUUCUCUGUAUCCCACUUGCAGAGUCUGCUCUGGUCCUUGGAGUCUGACCAGACUGUAGCAAUCAGCAGCAGGACCAGGGUCCUACAGUACAUGGAUUAAACAUAAAGCUGUCCUCGCCCCUCCCUCACGCUGCAGUAUCUCACGUCUUGUCAACUUUAGGGUAAGAGCUGGUUUGAAAAAAUUAUUUCAAGGCAAUACCUGAAUGGCAUUUUACACUUUAAUUUAAAGUCGAGUAGUUGUGACCAAGUUAACCCCGUUCUGGCUCUGCAACAAAGAGCAGAACAGGCUCUCUGUUGACAUUACUUCCCUGAGGACCAGUGUGGAGGAAGUGUGUUCGCCAUCCCUGACUAUUUCAGUCUUUUAAGGAUAUAGUGCUAUUUAGACUUUCUUUGUUACCAUCCUGGUUACACUUGUAACAAAGCAUGUGCUGUACUGGAUGGAGACCAUGAGCAGCAGUAAAAACAGCUGAGUGUACCUUGGUGACUGGGAGAUGUUCCUCUUCUUCUGAAUUGCUUUUUGUUUAUGGGAAACUGAGCGUGACUCACUCACACCUCGUGAGGAUGAAGAUUUUGAUUAGCCCUCUAGAUUCAGGGACAGCAGGACCACCGCUAAGGCAUGAGGAGUCUCCUUCUGCAGUAGAGCUAUGAAAUCUGCCUUAUUACUGUUAAAGGUGCCUUGUCUUGGUUUCCUUCAGGCCAAAUUCACAGUCACUGUUUGGCUUUUAAAUAUAACUAUGCACCAAAGGUGAGAGACUCAGUUAUCCCUGCAGACAGAAGGGAGAACAUGAUGUCCUGGUUGAGACUAGAGCCUGAUCCUUGGGACAGGGAAAGUGAGUUUCUUUUCUUCAUCCUAUAAACUCUCUGUUAGCAAGUCUGCCUCUGAUGUGCGUAGGUGUAUGUGUGCUUUUCUUUCUACAUAAACACAAAUUGCCCUAAUCAGGAGGGAGGAUUCUUGUAUUUUUAUAUGCUAAGCAAUUUGAUUAAUUAAUAAUAUGACACACAGAUAAGCUUUGAAAUCCACUACCAUCUGCUCCAGUACAAUUCAGUGUCACUGAUAUGUAGGUAUCUGCCUUUAGACAGAACUUAGGGCUACGUGAAUGCACGUAGAGUAACCACUCCACUGGAAAAGUACCUUGUGCCAUGUGGGUGUGUUGUUCCUCAUGAACUUUUGUAACUGUUCCUGUUUAAAAGCUAUGGGUUUGAUCCAUGUGACUCUGUUUCAGCCUUUUUAUUAUCUACUAAGAACAGAUGUAUGUGCGCACACGCAAAAAGGACCAUAUUGCUAUGUCUGGGGCUGUGUGACCCUGGGGUAGAUAUUACAGAUCUGUUUACAGUGUAGUGCA